AUGGCCUGGUUUUUCGCUACGUUCGCUGAGGGUCACGACAUUGACAAGUUCUUCAACUACCCACAUACCGUGAAUAAUCUUCUUAUCGUAAUUCUCACUUGCCUCUUGUAUGUACAGUAUUCCCGAGUUUUAUUCCGUCACUCCAAGGCGAGCAGUGGCCUCACAUGGGCGCAGAAAUCAGUAAGUUUAUCCAUCAUCGUUUGA